GUGCCAAGUAUGGAAGCUACACAAUGAUGAACCUGGAAGACAACAUGGUGGUGGACAUCCAGUUAAUCCAGAGUAAUGAAGUGGGUGCAAGUCCACGAAUGGAACGCGAAGGUUUUUUGAGAAGCCUCCAGUUCCUGGAAUCAGCAGGGUUAAGGGUUGGUGCUAUCGUCACAGAUCGGCAUCCUUCGAUACAAAAGUAUCUGAGGGAGCAGCGACCUGAUAUCAAGCAUUACUUCGAUACUUGGCAUGUCUCAAAGGGUCUUGCCAAGAAGAUCGAUGCACUAGGGAAAGAGCGUAGUUGUGGAGAGGUUCUGGCCUGGAGGAGAAGUAUCAUCAACCACCUUUACUGGUGUGCAUCCUCUUCCAAGACAGGAGAAGAAGCCGUGGAAAAAUGGAAGUCUGUCACCAACCACGUCCAAAAUGUGCACCACCAUGACAGCGACUUGUUCCCAGUCUGCGCCCACCCACCUCUUGAGAUGCGAGCUUGGCUGACACCAAGCACUAAAGCUUGUGAACGGUUUUGCGACCUGAUGAUAAACCAGCGCCUCCUGAAAGAUGUGGCAAAACUGAGCCCUCACCAUCAGACCUCCUCAGUUGAAGGUUUCCAUAGCCUGAUAUUGAAAUUUGCUCCGAAAAAUGUGGCUUUCUCAUUUGUGGGAAUGUUGAACAGGUUGCACAUUGCUGCUCUUCACUAUAAUGAAAAUUCCAAUCGCGAGUAUGCAUGCAGCCAGAGUGGUGAACCGUCCAUCAGAGUGAAAUGGCCAAAAUACAAAAAGGGGGAACAUUCCCUUCACUACAGAAAAACAGCACCAACCUACAAGUAUGUGGAGAGUCUGCUAAGACUGUUUUUUGAGGAGGUGGUCAUCAAUCCUUGCCCAUACCAAGAGCAGAUUAAUCAACUGGAGGUUCCAGACCACUUAUGUGCUGCCUUUGACAAGCCUGACCUACAGGAAUCUGAAGUCAGACCCUGGUCCCGUUUUACACAGAUGGAGUAGGAGCAGGUUUAGAUCGAGU